ACUACUGUUGUACAGAACUCUGCUUCUCAUCGCACCCAGUUCUCUUCUCUCACUCAAACACCAACCACAAAAAUUAAAAUCAAAAUCAAAAUCAAAACUAACAAAAAAAAAAAAAAAAACCUUUAAUUCAAUUCUUAACCUUUCUUCCUUCAUUAUUUCUUUCAUCUCUUUCACACCAUUCUCAUUCUCUUCAUGGCUUCUUCACUUACCUCUCCUCUCUGCACGUGGCUUGUUGCUGCUUGCAUGUCAGUCACGUGUGACUCUCACUCUUCUCAAUCUCAUCGUUCUCGUCGUCGCAGCAGGAACAACCACCUUAAUCUCUCUUCUCCCAAUCGAAUGUCCCGUUCUGGUAAAGUAAUGGCUGUAGCUUUGGAUUCUGCUCAAGAAGUUACAACAACAAAAAAACCUCCUAUAGAGCAAAGACGAGUAGUUGUGACGGGUAUGGGUGUGGUCACACCACUUGGUCAUGAUCCAGAUGUCUUUUACAAUAAUCUACUUGAUGGUGUUAGUGGGAUAAGCGAGAUUAAUGGUUUUGAUUGUGCACAAUAUCCAACGAGGAUUGCUGGGGAGAUCAAAUCUUUCUCAACUGAAGGCUUUGUAGCUCCAAAGUUUUCAAAGAGGAUGGAUAAAUUUAUGCUGUAUCUGCUAACAGCUGGAAAAAAAGCCUUGGUCAAUGCUGGAAUUACUGAAGAAGUAAUGGAUGAGUUAGAUAAAACAAAAUGUGGUGUUUUGAUUGGCUCCGGAAUGGGUGGAAUGCAGGUUUUUCAUGAUGCCAUUGAAGCUUUACGAAUCUCGUAUAGAAAGAUGAAUCCUUUUUGUGUACCAUUUGCAACAACAAAUAUGGGUUCUGCCAUGCUUGCAAUGGAUCUGGGGUGGAUGGGCCCAAAUUAUUCGAUCUCCACAGCGUGUGCUACAAGUAAUUUUUGUAUAUUGAAUGCUGCAAACCAUAUAAUUAAAGGUGAAGCUGACGUGAUGCUUUGUGGUGGCUCAGAUGCUGCUAUAAUACCAAUUGGCUUGGGUGGCUUUGUAGCAUGCAGGGCUCUCUCACAAAGAAAUAAUGAUCCUACUAAAGCUUCACGCCCUUGGGAUAUUAACCGUGAUGGAUUUGUCAUGGGUGAAGGGGCUGGAGUUUUGCUUUUAGAAGAGUUAGAGCAUGCUAAGAAAAGGGGAGCAACCAUAUAUGCAGAGUUCCUUGGUGGAAGCUUCACCAGUGAUGCUUAUCAUGUGACUGAGCCACGUCCUGAUGGGGCUGGUGUUAUUCUUUGCAUUGAAAAGGCAUUAGCUAAUUCUGGAAUUUCAAAGGAGGACGUGAACUACAUAAAUGCACAUGCCACAUCCACACCUGCUGGAGAUCUUAAGGAGUACCAGGCUUUGAUUCAUUGUUUUGGCCAAAAUCCUGAACUAAAAGUGAAUUCGACGAAGUCUAUGAUUGGUCAUCUACUAGGAGCAGCUGGUGGUGUGGAAGCCGUUGCAACUAUACAGGCAAUAAAGACAGGGUGGGUUCAUCCUAAUAUCAAUCUAGAAAACCCGGAUGAAGCAGUGGACACCAAUGUGCUUGUGGGAUCAAAGAAAGAGAGACUGGACAUUAAGGCAGGCUUGUCUAAUUCAUUUGGUUUUGGUGGCCACAAUUCUUCAAUCAUUUUUGCCCCUUUUAAGUGAAACAGAUUUUUGACCAAGCGUUUACCUUCCUAUCAUCAUUAACAAGUUGCUGAGUAACCAAGCAAUGUGUAGCAUUUGCAUAUUCUUACUACUCCUGUGCUGGAGUGAAAACGCCUGUGUUGUGGAUUGCUUACUUGGAUGAACAAUAUGUUCCAAAACACUGAUGAGAUGACCGUCUAGAUUCCGAACUUACAGAGAUUGUUUGGUGCUCCUGGUGAGAUAGAAUUGAGUUUAUCAGCUGCUGAAAAAAUAUCCUGUCGGACGAUGAAUCACUAGAGUAGGUUUUGACACUGAUGUAGCCGUUAUACAAUCAAUCACUUGAUGGGGAACAACAUGGUCAUUGUUUAAUUGCCAUAUUAAAGGAGAAAAUGUGGAUCAAAUUAACUGUUGUUUUUUGAGCUGACAAAAGAUUAGGUGACAUUUUCAUUGAAAUUUAUGCCUGAGGUUGAUUUCAGUUUAAGUAGUAUCUUGUCUUUUGCUACGUGCAACUGGCCACCAGAUUAUUUUAAUAUAAUCUGAAGAUAUGUGAUAGCAGGGGCUAUUAGAUUAGAUCUUUGUUGUACUUGUACUUAGUGGCCAACAUUUGAAACCUACAAAUGUUAUUUUUUGUGUCCUCUAUAUUGUUCUAGCCUUUUUAGUGGCCAACAUUUGAACAUAUAGAAGUAGACAUUGAUGAUUUAUUUUUUUUGUUUGACAAAA